GUAUAUAAGCCUCGCUUGCCAGAGCUCCAUCUGCACUGAACUCAUUCGUGAUACUCCAAUAUGGGCAAGAUUAUCUUUUACGAGGAUAGGAAUUUCCAGGGUCGCUACUAUGAAUGUAGCAGCGACUGUGCUGACCUUCAAACCUACUUCAGUCGUUGCAACUCCAUCCGGGUUGAGAGCGGCUGCUGGAUGGUCUACGAGCGCCCCAACUACAUGGGCUACCAAUACUUCUUGAGAAGAGGAGAGUACCCCGAUUACCAGCGCUGGAUGGGUUUCAAUGACUGUGUCCGCUCCUGCCGUAUAAUUCCGCAGCACCGUGGCUCCUACAGAAUUAGGGUUUACGAGAGAGAGAACUUUGGUGGUCAGAUGAUGGACUUCAUGGAUGACUGUGAGUCUGUUCAGGAUCGUUUCCGCUAUCAAGACAUCCACUCUUGCAACGUGAUGGACGGCUACUGGAUCAUGUAUGAGCAGCCCAACUACAGAGGACGCCAGUACUUUCUGAGGCCCGGCGAGUACAGGAGAUACACUGACUGGGGAGGCAUGAACCCUAGGAUUGGCUCCUUCAGGCGUAUCACAGAUUUCUGUUAAAAUUGGAACUAAUGAUGACUUUGAAAUAAAAGAAUA